AUGUCUGUUGCGAAUCGUUUACGACGAAUGCAUAAGCAACCACCAGAGGGAUGGGAUUUGAUUGAACCAACAUUGGAUGAAUUCGAAGCGAAGAUGCGUGAAGCCGAAACAGAUCCUCAUGAAGGGAAACGUAAGACAGAAACCCUUUGGCCUAUUUUCAAGAUACAUCAUCAACGUUCGAGGUAUAUUUAUGAUUUAUACUACAAACGCCAAGUAAUCAGUAGGGAAUUAUAUCAGUUUUGUUUGGAUACCAAAUUGGCUGAUGAGAAAUUGAUAGCGAAAUGGAAGAAACAAGGAUAUGAGAAUUUAUGUUGUUUACGGUGUAUCCAAACGAGGGAUACUAAUUUUGGCACCAACUGUAUAUGUCGUGUACCGAAGAGUAAAUUAGAUGUGGGCCGCGUGGUGGAAUGCGUACAUUGUGGAUGUCGAGGAUGUUCGGGAUGA